GGAAGUGCUGAAGUUUGGCAGAGUUGCUGCUCUGUGUGGCUCAGGAUGUGCUGCAGGUAGUUUUGGUGCAGUGUCUCCAUCCCAGCCUCAUUGAGAGAAUAUGGCUAUGAGUUACCAAAACCUCUUUUCAUUAGAAUCUGAAGAAUUUGAUGAUGAGGACUUUGUUUCUGUUUUGGAGGAUGCAGAGAGCAAAACCCCCACCUUUGUGCCCCCUAACAUCAAACUUCUAAGACCCAUCUCUCAUAAUGCCGGUCAGGCCCUUGAGAACCCUCACGGCGGUGGGCUUCAACCUUGCUCCUCUACUCACACUGCGUCGCCUGUUGCUCAGGAUGUUGAUGAUGAAGAACUGUUGUCUAUGUGCAGUGAGUUGGAGGAGGUAAGAGCAGAACCUGGACAGCUUUCACAAUCUAGGAGUUUCACGGAGAUGCCUGUUGGUGUGUCUAAGCAAAACUCUUUUUCAAAUGUCUCCUCUACCAACCAAUGGUGUCCAAAUGAAAAUACACACUUCCAGAGUCCACGACCAUGUUUGCGGGAUAUACCUGGGGCUCAGCCUGGCAUGGUUAAAAGUUUCAAUAUUCAUACCAGUUCCCCGCAUAUUCUACAGGAGCAUUGUGUUGGGGGAAGAUUUGGACAAAGUGUACACACUUCUUCAGUGGAACCCUCAGCUAAGAGACCCUGUUUUAGGAUCAUCCCAGAGACCUCAGCAAAAGGCCCAGCUCCAGCUGUUACCCAUUCUUCGCCACACCUGCAAAUGCAGCUAUCUGAGCAACACAGGAAUCGUAAGGUUCUAACUGGCUGCACGUUACUAAAUGUUAAUGGCCAGGCUGGUCAGCAUGUCACUCCAAUUAAGCAUGUACAUGGAACACCCCAAAUGUCAAGGACAAUGUUUUCCUCUCCAAAUGUGACCACACCGAACUCUCUGCAGACACCCUUAGUCACCAAUCACUUGGUGCAGUUGGUGACAGCAGCUAAUCAGACUUCACGGAGGUUAUCUUGGGAGACUGCUUCCCCAAAGGAGAGAAAGUUCCCUGGUCCUGCAGGUCUUCUCCCACAACAGGCCAGUGGCCACAUGUUGGAAGAGAUCAUGGUGUCUGCUCCUCACACACCAAACCACGGAGCAAGAUCGAAGCUCUGCAGCAAGGAAGAGGUGACGUCCCAACAGCCAGUGGAAGAGGAUUUUAUUAAAGGUCCGUGGGCGACCAUGAAAGCGGAAUUGGCUGUGGAUGAGAAUGAUCCCAACUGCUUCCUGCGGACGUACAGUGUGAUCAUGGUGUUGCGGAAGGCAGCCCUGAAGCAGCUCCAAAAAAACAAGGUUCCCCGAAUGGCAGUGACUCUUAAAUCCCUGACCCCAGCUAACGGAGACGCAAGCGCAGUAUUCAGAGACCCCACAGGAGACAUUCAAGGAACAAUUCAUCACAUGCUGCUGGAGGAGCGGGAGAGUGAGUUAAAGAUUGGCAGCGUGCUUCUCUUACAACAGGUUGGUGUCUUUUCUCCAUCUCAUCGUAACCACUAUCUCAAUGUGACCCCCAGCAACAUUGUGAAAAUCUACCCUCCGGGUCAGGAAGGCGGCUAUACGAGGCUUACAGUACCACCAGCGUCUGAUGGCAAGAUUGAUGUAAACUCUAACAGAACCCCAUCACGACCUCAGCCAUCUUCAAGCACAACACUGAAUAAAGCUCCCCAAAUAUCCGCCCCUGAAGACUGGGGAGAGGAUGACCUUGAUGCUCUCUUAUGGGACAUGUCUGAAGAUCCAGGGGACUGACAUCUCUAGACCAACUCAUCCUUAAACCCUGACUGCAACAACGGGAUCUGUUACUCUUUCUAAGACUCUCCCAGCUGGAGAAGAGGUUACUUUAGGAUCUUCCAAAUAUCAGAUGCUAACCUUCCCCCACCUGCUGCAGAGUCCGUGCUGGAUUGGGUUUUCUCUAAAUGAUGGCAAUUGGGUUUGAAAUAUUGGGUCAUCAGAACCAGACAAUAUUGCUGCAGUUUGUGAAAGCCGACUUCAGGCCAUUUGGUGAAGAUUGGGAUGGAUUUAAAGGACAGCAUUUGUAUAUGUUGCCUGACUGGCCAUCAAGAUGAAUCAUUUUGAGCACCUUACCCAACUUCGGACUUUCGUUUUGCCAUCCUUUGCCUAGUGUGAUACCAUGUCAUUCCUUGUACUGCCUGGUGCUACAAGGCAGACGUUUUCUAAAUGGUAUUGGUGUUUAAAAAUAAAAGUAUUUGCAAUUAUUAUAGAAUUCAAAUGCAGGGUAAGGCAUGGAAUGCUCUGAGUGUCCUAUCCAGCUACAGCAACAGUAUAUGGAAAGCCCUGCUCUGGUGCAAUCGAAGCCCAGACCCAUCCCUGCUUAUUAGUUACCGAAACUGGAUGUUAUCACAGCACAACAGAUAUUUCUAGAUCUCCUAGUCGUUUUUAUUUUACCCGCUCUAUUCGUUUAAUUUUGUCUUCUUGUUUUUUGAUUUUGUUUAGUUUAACAUGUCUCUGAGGGCAGUAAGCUGUCCAGGGGGGUGGGCGUUUGUUACCCACAUUUCAAGAUACAUUAAAAGGAGAUGUAUUGUACUCAUGGCUUAUUACAUGGAGCAGAUACAUUUAUUUGCACUGUUCAAGUGACACAAGGAGGUGAAAAAUUCAU